CAGCAAAAAAAAAAAAGAAACCUGAGCGCUAAAGCUUGUAUUUUUUUUGUCCUGUCAUUUUCUUCUAGAGUAUCGAGCGUCGCAUUAAACAUCUCAAAAAUUUAUAUUUUGCAAACUGAUGAUGGGAAUUCAGUGGUUGUGGGUUGCUAUUGCGCGUCAUUUAUCUUAAGUUAGCAGCCGUGCUACCAAUGAGUCGCGAUGCUAAUGCUUGUUAAGUCUGAGCGAGAACACACAGCCUUAUGAUAGUCAUCUGGUUGAAGGUGUUGGGGGUUCUGGUACUGAUUUUGCAGCUUUAUUUUAAUAGAUUUCAGUGAUGGAAGAAGUUGACAGGAUUUUAAUCCAUUCUCUGAGACGGGCUGGCACUGAGAUAGAUGAAGAUGUGCAGAGUAUUAAGCAGUUCUCCAGUGAGCUCAUAGUGCAGGCGGUGGUGAGAUGUUUGCGUGUAAUUGACCCGGCUGUGGGCAGUGGACUCUCUCCUACGCUCCCCCCUGGCAUGUCUGCCCGUUUCAGGGUCGGCAUGUGCUUGGCUCAAGCCUGCCAGGACUUGGGCUAUAAGGGGGAGAUUGGCUACCAGACGUUCCUAUACAGUAAUGAGCCAGAGAUCCGCUCAUUACUCAUGUUCCUGGUGGAGAAGCUGCCCAGAGAAAGCGCAGAGGUGUCUGACCAACCAGCAGGCAAGUCGGCUCUUCUGCAGAAAGCCAUUGCAGCCCAGAUUAAAUCUCAGCUGGCAUUGCCUUGGCUCCCACCAUCCCUCAGACUUCCCCUGCACCACAAAACCCAGAGUCCUGGUCCAUGUCACAGUUUCCAUGCCCAGCCACUAAGUCUCCCAUACUCACUGAAAGUUCCUGCCAAGAAACAGUCUAAAGAGAUGAAAGAGUAUUGGAGAGAGUAUUUGCUGCCUGUGACCUCUCAGCCCUCUCAAGCUGCCUCAGUGCCUGCCUCUCUGCUGGAGAACCAUGUUUCAGAGCUCAGUGCAGCACAGGAGUGGGAGAACGAGUGGAACAGCCAAGGCCUUCUCUCCAGGCUCACUCCUGAGGAGUAUCGCUCGAGGAAAAGAAUGCGGCUUCAGAAGCGAAUAGAGGAACAGCUGAGGGCAGCUGCCCAACCUCGGCCCGACACACACAACACCACACGUUCAACCUCUGAUCUUUCUGAACUGUUAAGCUCCUUCGCUGGGGCUACAACAGGAGGCGAUGUCUUGACCAAAGGCACACGCUUUACUCACUCUGAGAAAUUCACCUUUACACAGGAACCUGAGAAAGCCGCUCAGCAGAUGGCAGCAGCAGCAAGUGCACUUCCUAGUUCCCACCAGUCAGAGGAGGACCUAAAGGCCCAGCAGGAGGCAGAACUCUCCACUCUCCAGCAGCAACUACAGCAGCUUUCUGUCCAAAUGGAGGAGGUGGGCGGGGACAUAAGGCAGCUCACAGUGUCUAUUCACCAGGUAUCAGAUGAGCUGAAACAGAGAGAGGUACGUAAUACAGAAAAGGAGAACACCGCCAGGGUUAAAAAACAAACCAUCGACCUCCUACCAGAUGCUGAGAACAACCUGAUUAAAUUACAGAGCCUUGUCGAGGCAAGCUCAAAGCGAGUGGUUCAUUUGGCUUCACAGUGGGAGAAACACAGAGCACCACUUAUUGAUGAACACCGCCGGCUCAAAGAGCUCUGCAGUAACCGAGAGAUGGAGUCUUCGAGAAAGUUAUCUGAAAUCAAGGACCUUCAUGAUAAAAUCCGACAGUCUGCUGAAGAAGCUAAAAAGAAGGAGAGCCUAUAUAAGCAGCUGAUAACGGAGUAUGAGACUUUGCCUAAAGAUGUUGCCCGCUCAGCCUACACUAUGAGGAUCUUGGAAAUAGUCGGCAACAUUAAGAAACAAAAGGAGGAAAUAACAAAGAUUUUGUCAGACACUAAGGACCUGCAGAAAGAGAUUAACGGACUUACAGGAAAACUUGACAGAACGUUUGCAGUAACCGAUGAGCUAGUUUUUAAGGAUGCCAGGAAAGAUGAAUCUGUUCGUAAAUCUUAUAAAUACCUGGCUGCCCUUCAUGAGAACUGCACCCAGCUUAUCCAGACUAUUGAAGAUACAGGCAGCAUCAUGAGAGAGAUUAGAGAUCUGGAGGAACAGAUUGAGACUGAAAAUGGUAAAAAGACCGUCAGCAACCUGGAGAAGAUUCUGGAAGACUACAGGGCUAUUCGACAAGAAAACUCUGCCCUAGCUGCUAAGAUAAGAGAAGGCUAACUCAAAUGGAGAAGUAUUUACUUCAACAAUACAGACACUAUGAUCGGCUCUAACGGUAAAGCUAGUGUCACUCCAUCUCCAAGCUCAUGAGCCAUCUGUGAUCUCGAUUAAUUCCAACCCAAGCGCCUACAAAGCCGCUUUCGGCUGGAGAUGUGGACACAAUACUCUUUUGUAUCAAAACGACAGAAAUUUAGUUUGUUGUGAAAAUGUUGGCACCAUUUGAAUGUAUUCUAAUCUUCUGCUUUUCCCCUCAUUUGACCUUGGUUGCAGCGGUUCAAGGAGUAUCGGUACAUAUCCUUUGCCUGUAAAUACAAAAUGACGACUUUAUUAACUGUGACCCCUGAUUUUGUACUAUUCAAAAUUGCCAAUAAGAGCACUGGAAUAUUAAAGAGAUAUGGUUCAACUUUGGAAAUUAUGGAUUAAUAAAAAAAAAAAGAUUUUCAGGGGGGUGCAUCUUAUGUAGCAUUUAUGCUAUAUAAGGUCUUCCAUAACUUCUAUGUAGUGUCUUGCCCAUACCAUAGGAAUUUGCAAAAAGUGACCUAAAAUUAGCGUGUUUGUCUCUAAUCUACAGCAAUCAUUCGAGUCAUAUGGUUGAAUAGUGUAUCAUUGUCUUUAACUGUUAAGAACCCAGAACACUGAUUAUUUAAUACAUCUCAAAAAUGAGAUAGAAAAUUAAGUAAUCAAUCAAGUAUUAUCUUAAAAUGUUCCAUGUAGAUAAAGCCAGUCUGUAAUUUGUUUGAUUUUAGAGAUACCACAAACAACCCAUGGUUGGAAUUUUAUUUUAAUCAAUGUGUCUACUGAUACAUUACUUAGUUGAGUCAAACCAAUAAAUGUCCAUGUUUCUUGUACUGCAAAUUUCCUGCAUUAUAUGAGACCGUAAAAAUAAAUAAUCUGGCCCUGCUGAAAGUUCCAAAUAAUGUGCAAAAAUUUAGUAAAUGUAAUUUUUUUUCACAAUGGAAUGGUUAGAAAAUACAACUUUUUUAUGCUAUUGUAGGAUUCUUACAAGUGAUUUGAUUAAAAAGAAUACAAAAAGAAAUAUUACUUACUGACUCACUCAUCGUCAUUACCACUUAAUCCUGUAUUCAGGGUCACGGGGGGGCCUGGAACCUAUCCCAGGAGACUUGGGGAACAAGGCAGGGUAUACUCCAUCACAGGGCAGAAAUAUUAUUAAAAUGUAUUUAAUUUUUUUCUGUACUUUUUGCAUACUGAUAUAAUAAUACAUACAUUAAUGGA